AUGAGUAAAGCUGAGGAUAGUUCAAAUAAUUUUUUUGUAAUAGAGCGUAAUCUAUUAUAUAAAUGAUAUAGCAAUUGAGAUGAGUAGUGAGAGUGAACCUGAAGAGUUAGAAGAUUUGGAUGAUUUAAAUGAUAUAAAACAUGAAGAAGAUAAUCUNUUUUACAUUUUUUCAGUCUUAAUAAACAUUAUUUAAUUGAAUUAUCUUGAUAGAGAUAAAAGAAUAAUGGAUCAAAUUAAGAGUUGA